UCAAAAUGAAGUUGAUUGGAACCCUCUUCAUCAUUAUUCUCUCCGCAUCUCUAUCUUAUGCUGGUAUAUAUACAACUAAUCCUUUUAGCACCACAGUUUGGAAUGGUGGCGAUGCAGUGACAAUUACGUUUAAUGAGGAUAAUAAACCUCCUCUAAUAAAUACUUUACAUAAUGUAACCUGCGAUUUAUUUGCCGGUACAAGCCAAGUUUUUGUUGCAAACAUUGCUAAAGGAGUAGAUUGUGCAACUACUCAAUCGGUACCAUAUACCGUUCCCAAAACCGUAGGUCCUGAGGCUACUUGCUACUUCAUUAAAUACACUGAUUCAAGUAAUUCAAGCAAUGUCUUUUAUUCGGCUUUAUUUACUAUCAAAGGAAUAUCUGGCUCCAAUUUUGAUCCUGCAUCAGUCUGUAAUGCAAAUUCUACCACUGCCAAUUCCGCACCCGCCAGUGCUACUCCCACCAGCUCCAGUCCCGCCACCAAUGCCGUUGGUAAUGCUGUAGCUACACAACCACCUACUGUACCUCCCGCAUCCAAACCAACUUCUCCAGCAAACUCCGCCCCCGCAUCAAAAGCUAAUUCAUCACCUACCGCAUCAGGAACACUUAAAGCCCCCACACCUGCUUCAGCUUCAAGUGGCGAUUUUAAUCACCCAAUUUCUAAUUUCGCUGGAUUAUCUUUGGCUAUUAUUGCUGUCGCCUUAAC